AUGGAAAGGCUGCAGGGACAGAUGGCUCCAGGAGUAGAGGCUCCAGGCACUGAGGAAAAUUCCAGAGCCUCGGGCGCCCCGGACUUGGUCCCAGCCCAGAGGCGACCAAGCUGCUGGAGCACUGUGGCGUGUGCCGGGAGCACCUGCUGCCCUGCCUGCAUUCAGCGUGUGGGCAGUACCUGCUGCUCCAGCCAGCCUCCGCGCCGGGCGCUGCUGCCUGGCCACAUCCUCCACCGCCCCGCGGCCGCCAACAAUGGGGGCAACGGCGCUGUGGUGGACUGCCCCGUGUGCAAGCAGCAGUGCUUCUCCAAGGACAUAGUGGAGAACUACUUCAUGAGGGACAGAGGCGCCAAAGCCAACCCGGACCCCAAGGAUGCCAACCAAUGCGGCACUAAUUGUGAGGACAACACCCCGGCCACCAGUUAUUGCGUGGAGUGCUCAGAGCCCCUCUGUGAGACCUGUGUUGAGGCUCACCAGCGCGUCAAGUACACCAAGGACCACACCGUCCACUCCACUGGCCCCGCCAAGUCCCGUGAAGGGGAGCACGCCGUCUACUGCUCGGUCCACAAGCACAAGCCUUUGGUCCUCUUCUGCGAGAAUUGUGACUCCCUCCCCUGCCGAGACUGCCAACUCAAUGCCCACAAGGACCAUCAGUACCAGUUCUUAGAGGAUGCUGUGAGAAACCAGAGGAAACUCUUGGCUGCCUUGGUCAAGUGCCUGGAGGAUAAGCACACCACCCUGCAGAACACCAAGGAAGUGUGCACCUCGAUCCGCCAGGUGACGGAUGUGCAGAAGCGGGUGCAGGUGGAUGUGAAGAUGGCCAUCUUGCAGAUCAUGAAAGAAUUGAACAAGCGAGGCUGUGUACUGGUCAACAACGCCCAGAAGGUGAGAGAGGGGCAGCAGGAGCGCUUGGAGUGCCAGCACUGGACCAUGUCCAAGAUCCAGCAUCAUCAGGAGCACAUCCUGCACUUUGCCUCCUGGGCCUUGGAGACCGACAACAACACUGCCCUGCUGCUGUCCAAGAAGCUGAUUUACUUCCAGGUUAACUGGGCCCGCAAGAUGAUCGCAGACCCUGUGGAACCCCAGAGGGACAUGAAGUUCCAGUGGGACCUUAAUGCUUGGACGAAAAGUGCUGAGGCCUUUGGCAAGAUUUUUUCCAAGAUUGUUUUCAAGAGGAGUGGUCCGGGCACCCUCGGCAAUCCUGGAGGUAAUCAGGCUAUGGACCUGCAGGAGGGCUAUGGGAGCCACAGGCCAGAUGACCCCCUUAGUGCUAAGCCCAAUGUGUCAAAGAUGAAAAGGUCCAGAUCCGGUAAGGGGAAAAUGAGUGGCCUUAUCUGGAAAGUACGAUUGAGCUUGGAACGCCUUGAUCUGGACCUCACAGUGGACAGCCAGCCCGCUGUCUUCAAAGUCUUCCCUGGAACAACCAAGGAGGACUACAACCUCAUCAUCAUGGGGGGGGGCCCAGCAGCCAGGGGCCCCGGGGGGCCUCCCAUGCCACCCAUGGCCAUGGUUAAGGAGGAAGAGAUAGAGGCUGCCAUCAGAGCCCCAGGAGUGGAGGGGCUAGAGACAAAACCACUGUUCCUGCUUCCCCUGGAGGCCUCAGGACCCAAGGGCCCUCACCUGGCUUCACCCAGUGGCAGCACCAGCUCUGGCCUGGAAAUACUGGGUAGGCUUGAUGCAGCUGUGGCAGCCACUUCCGCCACUAGUGACCCCGGAGGAGUGGAUGACAGUUCCACCAUCUGCCGUGCUGGCCAGAAGCUGGGGGACCUGGUGAUAUGUAACCAGUGCGAAUUCUGCUUCCAUUUGGAAUGCCACCUGCCCACUCUGCAGGAGGUGCCUGGGGAGGAGUGGAGGUGUUCCCUGUGCCAGGAGGUGAGUGUGGCCUUGACCCCUGAUGAAGACACCUGCCCUGCCAAGCUGUCGCCUACUAGCCAGCAGAAGUGUGAGCUUGUGCUGCUGGCCUUGCUAUGUCAUGAGCCAUGUUAUCCCCUGCACCGAAUGACAACAGAGCCCUCAGCGGAGCAACCGGGAACCCUGGACCUCACUCUGAUUCGAGUUCGCCUGAAGGAGAAGCUGUCGCCCUGCUACGGCUCCCCCCAGGAGUUUGCCCAGGUGGGCCACAUGUUCAAGCAAUUCAACAAACUCACAGAGGACAAAGCUGAUGUCCAGUCCAUCAUCUGCCUUCAAUGCUUCUUUGAGACUCACACGAACAAGGAUUUUGGGGACACCAAGUUCUCGGCUAUUCUGGUUGGAGCCCCUCCCUCCCCCUCUCCUAGGCCCUCGCCUGGCCCCUCCUGA